CUGUCAUGAAUUUUGUUUAUUCGUUUGUCUUUUUUCUUUAGUUUGCUUUUGGUUUUGCGUAUUCAUUAUGUGUGUAGUUGAAGAUGCAGCUCGGUUCAUUGACAGCUAUCCGAAGAUGGUCCUCACUGACUUAUUGAUCAUCAAUUUCUGAUCUUUCCGGAAUAAAGAAUUCGGGUUGUGAUAGGACUGAUUGAACCGGCUGUUCAUGAUUGUGCUCAUCUGUGCUAGAUUGAUACUGUUGCCUGUAAAUUGAGGCGGAUAAUUGCAGAUGGAUAAUUUCUCCCUUCCCCUGCCAGUACGACUGAAUGAUUAGUUUCAUUCUUAAAUGCACGGGAUAGUUGCUCGGAGAAACUGUGGACCACAGAAUUAAAUGCUUUCUAAUAAUUUAGAUAUGGAAAAUCGAGGAUGAUUUGCCUGUGGCCCAACAUCACCCAGUCCAUCACAAUUGUUUACCAAACAUAACAUAAUGCUCGAAGAGGUUAUUUGCAUGUUGAGGAAUCUAUGUGUGCUCUCAGGUCCUUGUUCUGGGACAUGGGAUUAGCUAUUCCCACAUAUGAGUUUCUCGUUAACUCGAGGUUACAUCAGGGGAGGCUGCUAGCAUUGAAGUCGCUCAAUCUCCUAUCCAAGGCUUUGCUCCUAGCAUCCGAUCAGGUAGCUUUGCUGACAUCGGCCCCCGGAGAAAUAUGGAAGAUGAGCAUAUACAAAUCGAUGAUUUGUCCAUGCACUUGGGGCCACCCUUUCAAUUUCCUCAACCAAGUGCUUUUUAUGGGGUAUUUGAUGGUCAUGGAGGACCUGAAGCAGCAGCCUAUGUCAAGGAAAACAUCAUCAAGCUAAUUUUUGAGGAUGCUAAUUUUCCGGUGUCCUCUGAGGUUGAUGGACGUUUCCUUGUUGGAUUAAUGAAUUCCCUUCAAAGAGCAUAUCUUCUAGCUGACCAAGCUUUGGCAGAUGAUUGUGGAGUGAGCAGAUCCACUGGCACUACUGCACUCACCGCCUUUAUAUUUGGCAGGCUUCUCAUGGUGGCCAAUGUGGGAGAUUGUCGAGCAGUCCUGUGCCGAAAUGGAGUGCCAAUCAACAUGUCCCAAGACCAUCGUCCCACUUACCCUGGUGAGAGGAGACGGAUCUUAGAAUUUGGAGCUUUUGUGGAAGAUGGAUACCUCAAUGGUGUCCUCUCCGUGUCCCGAGCUCUGGGGGACUGGGACAUGAAGUCCCGAGGCAGUGCAGAUGCCCCUUGCCCUCUCAUCUCGGACCCCGAGUUCCAACAGGUGGUUCUGACAGAGGAGGACGAGUUCCUAGUCCUCGGUUGUGACGGGAUAUGGGAUGUUAUGUCAAGUCAGCAUGCCGUGAAUAUUGUCCGCCGCGGGCUUAGAAGGCACGAUAAUCCUGAGCAGUCUGCACGGGAUCUCGUGAAGGAGUCCCUCCGCCUCGGGGCUCACGAUAAUCUUACUGUUGUCGUGAUCUGUCUGUUGGGUUCAGAACAUCGUGCCCUGUCUUCCCUGCCUUCUCGGCAACGGAAGCGAAGGUUCUUCAGCCUCUCUGCGGAGGCCCUCUGUAGCUUGAGAGGCUUACUCGAUGGAGGUGGGAGCCGGUGAUAGUAGGUGCUGCUUCCUUGAUAAGAUUUUCCUGUCAUGGCUCGACUAUGAUGGCACUAUCUUCAGCACCUGUCAAGAUCAAGCUAUCCAGAGAAUCAAAUCACACAAGUCCACGGAUUUUACAAUGAGACCAAAAAAGGGAAUGGCUGCUCUUUCAGUGCUACUAAUUAAGAAGAGCAGGUAACAUUUUUGUGAGUGUUGUUACAAGUAUUGUAGUCUGUGUUUAAGGUCAGUGUACAUGAUAAGAGCCAAGGUGAAGAUGUGCGGACCGUGCAGGAUCCGGUUUGUGGUCGAGUCGUACGAGCAAGUCUGUAUGUAUUUUUGCUGUGUAUGUAUCUGUAUGCCCAUGUGACUGCACUUCAAGUGAAUGGCUGUCCACUUCUUUGCACUUGUUUUUUCGUCUCAGGGGGUAUAAUGGAGCCCGGCAGACCGAUAUUAGCAGGUUCUUGCUUCGCCUCCAUUUACAAUUAUUGGAAAAUUUUAACUGAACAAAAGAAGAUUGUUUUA